UCUUCCUUCCCCACGCGAGGCGCUGGGGUCGCCAUGAGCCAGCCUGCGUCGCAGGGCGGCCGGCGCCUGGAGGCCACGUUCGUGCCGGACGAGGACGUGCUGCGGCACAUCUCCGAGGACGCGGGUGCUAAAGUGAAAAGGGACCGAGUCCCCCACGUGCUGGGCGCGAGGAGGCUCGCGAAGAAGCUCGAGAACAUUUCGGAUGAGGAGGAGGAGCAGGAGGUCCUGGAACAGCAGAGCUACGUGGCUGUGCUGGGGGCAGGCGCCCAAGAUUCCUGCAGAAAUGGCCCCUGGGCAGGUGGUGGUGAAGUUUACUCCUUCCAGACUUCAAAGCGCUCCGGCAAGAUGGCAGAGCUGGCCUCUGAACUAGCCCAGACUCCAGGGAAAAAUGUAACAUUCAGCCGCUCGAGCAGUCCUGAGAAGAUUACUAGCUCUCCUCCAAGCAACAAAAAGCAUUCUGCUUCAAAUAAAGCCCAGUUGAAGAGUAAAAAGAAUGAAUAUGUGUCCACAACGCCUUACAGGCUCAGGAAGAGACUUGCAGUUCCAGACUUUCAUUCAGAAAGUGAGAGUGAAUAUUCUGCCUCAUGCUCUGAGGAAGAGAACCCCAAAGAAACCAGUGAUGAAGUAUUCGACCGAAAGACCCCAGAUAAAAGCAGAGUAGCUUCCACCCCAUCUACGAAGAAAACACCAGCCAAGAAACUGAAGGGAGAUAAAACUAGCAGCCUGGUGGAAGAAUACUUUGAAGCCCACAGUAGUUCCAAAGUGCUAACCUCUGAUCGAACCCUUCAGAAGCUGCAUAGCAGGAAACUAGAUCAGCAAACUCUGCGUGACCUCUUGAGUAAGGCUCCCCCUACAUUUGGUGCUGAAAUGAAAGAGUUAAGUCAACAGUACGAAUCCCUGUUUUCCAAAUGGAUGUUGCAUUUACACCUGGGGUUCAAUAUUUUGCUUUAUGGACUGGGCUCAAAGAGAGAUUUGUUAGAGAAGUUUCGUACCUCUUUGCUUCAAGAUUCAGUUCACCUUGUGGUCAAUGGUUUCUUUCCCAGCAUCACUGUGAAAUCAGUUCUGAGCUCCAUAACAGAAGAAGUGCUGGACCAUGUGGGGACUUUCCGGAGUCCUCUGGACCAAUUAGACUUCAUUAUGAAAAAAUUUAAAGAAGAUUCUUCCUUGGAGCUCUAUCUCCUCAUCCAUAACUUGGACAGCCAGAUGUUGAGAGGAGACAAAAGCCAACAAAUUCUUGCCCAGUUAUCCUCCCUGCCCAGCGUCUACCUCAUUGCCUCCAUUGAUCACAUCAACGCUCCACUCAUGUGGGAUCAGGCCAAACAAAGCCUCUAUAACUGGCUUUGGUAUGAAACGACCACAUACAGUCCCUAUGUGGAAGAAACAUCCUAUGAAAACUCACUCUUGGUGCAGCAAUCGGGGUCCUUGGCAUUGAGUUCUCUAACACAUGUCCUGCGCAGUCUCACUCCCAAUGCAAGGGGGAUAUUCGGGCUGCUGGCCCAGUACCAGCUGGAGAACAAGGAUAAUCCCUCUUACCCAGGGCUCUCCUUCCAAGACUUCUACCAGCAAUGCCGGGAGGCCUUUCUUGUGAACAGUGACCUCACUCUCAGGGCUCAGCUGACAGAAUUCAGGGACCACAAGCUCAUUCGAACCAAGCGGGGAGUCGAUGGAGUGGAGUAUUUAUUAAUUCCUGUAGAAGUUGGAACCUUGAUGGACUUCUUAGGAAAAGAGGAUGAAGAUGUGUGACGCACCUCUCCAAUCCCAAACCAUCUAUGGCAAUUGCUGCUACAGUCUUGCACUCAGAUCAGUUCUCCCUUUUGUCAGGGAUGCUGAUGGACUGUUCACUGAAAUGCAAUGGACAUUUAAAGUUGUCCAGAACUACUUGAAGUUGUUUUGUGUAAAGAGUUCUGUAAGAUUGGUCUGCUCAGUCUCUCACCUCAGAUGAUGCCUUCUUCAUAUCUAUGCAGCCUCCACUAUCAAUUAAGCAAACUAACUCUUUAGUAAAAUUGUGCCUUCAGUACAUUACCUCUCCAGAGAUGAAAGUUUGGCUGGAGCAGCUUAUUUAGGAAGUGCAAAUGACUGGAUGUUCAAAGCUAUAUUUUAUAAUACAGAUGCAAUUAUUCACAGCUAAAUGCUUUCCAGUUGUCUGCACACCAGUCACAUGGAUGGGCUUCCAAUGCAUGAAGAGGCCAAGACUUAGAAUGCCUAAGAAACCAAGCUGAACCAGGCAAGUCAAGUCAGGUAGAAUACAAGUAGGCUUGUGAAUUGUGGGUAAUUUAUUAAAUCUUUUACCUAUGCUGGACACUGACAAGAAGACUGAGGUUUUUCCAAACUCCAGAUCUCUAUUGAAAAUCGUGAAUUAGCAGAACUGUAGCCUUUUAAAUGACUAGUAGUUGGAGAAUCUAAAUGUUUAAUUUUCUUGCUUCAUGGAAUGUACAGAAGACUGUGUGUUGUGUGGUUUUGUUUUUUUUUUAAUUUGCUUGUUUUUACAAAUAACGAGGAUGUCCCCUCCCUGAUAUUCCUGGAGGAUUCCUUCAAAGUAUUACAUACUGAGAACCAUCCUAGCUUUGAGUUAGAGAAGGAAGAGUGCUAAAACCUUGACAGCUUUUUCCAAGUAUUUCUCAGGCAAUUGGGAUAACUUAAAACUGUUAAUUUCUGUCAGUGUGAAUAACAUCUACUGACAUUUUUAUAAGGUUUCUCUUGCAGGUGUGUGUCCAUAAAAUGCCAGUCCUCUAUAGUGCCUUCUGAGAAAACCAGAGACAAACCCUGGAUUUCUUGCACAUAAGGAAAAAUGUGUCUGGCACAGGUGAACAGGGAAGCAUGUUGGACAUCUUUCAGCCCUUCCUUUUACAUCCUACAGAAACAAACAUGGGCACAAAUGUAACCUUUUCCUGCUUUGUUUGUCACUAUUAGGCCUUGCAGUUCCAUUGCCUACAUGAAAUUAUCUGCCAGCCAGACAUGGGCAACACUUGAAGCCUAAUUAUAUUGCAUCCGUGUUUAAGAUUUGACCUUUGAAUUACCAAAAAUGUUGACUAAAUAAAUGUCAUUAUUCACUUUU